GGGGGUCUUGUCUACCCCAGCCUUCAUUCCACUCAAGUCUCUCACCCAAUCAUCACGUCUUCUAUCAAUUCAAAAUCAUUUUCUCAAUUUAUCUCAAAAUUAAUCAAUUUAUCUCUAAAAAGUUGAAGUAAAAAAUCAAAAAACCAUGAGAAAUCAUUCAAAAUGACAAUUAAAUAUCCAGUUCUAGUGUUAUUAUCGUUUUCAUUCAUUUACCAUAUUUAUUGUAUUGAAUCUACUGGUGAUUGCGGGGGCACAUGCGGCACUGGGACACCCGCAAAAAAAUGUUUAUACAAUUUUUUUGUGACUCAUAACGCGAGAAAAAAUGUUGUGUGCAAUGGAAAGGAUGAUCACUGCGAUUAUCCAGUGAAUACAGAAUUUUUAAUCAAUGGAAAGAGUCCUGGACCUGCGAUUGAGGUGUGCCUUGGAGACACAGUGGAAAUAAUCGUCCACAAUAGGUUGAAAUCCCAAGAGCUGUCCUUUCACUGGAAUGGAAUUCACCAGGAGUCAUCAGUCCACAUGGACGGGGUUUCGAUGGUCACCCAGUGUCCUAUUUUACCUUUCACCAGUUUUCGGUAUCACCUGAAGCCCUCGAAAACCGGAACUUUCUUCUACCACGCGCACUCAGUGUUGCAGCAAGGAGACGGUCUCUUUGGGUCGUUGACUGUUCGAGGUCCUGGAGAGGAUCUGACCCUCGAUAAAAUUAUCAUGAUAUCGGCGAGGACAUCGAGAUCAUUCAGUUCAAUCAACGCGAAUACCCCGGAGGCCCUUGAAUUACUCAUAAAUGGAAAAGGGAAGCAAGACUUAAAAGUGGAGCAAAAUCGAAAGUAUCAUUUUCGUGUUAUCAACGCGAAUUCAUUAAACUGUCCAAUUUCGUUCUCUAUCGCUGACCACGACCUCGAGAUAAUCAGUGCGGACAGUAAUCCAGUGGCUCACAUCGUUGGAAAGCGGGUGAUAUUGUUCCCAGGGGAGAGAGUUGACCUGGAGAUGGAGACGUCUAGAGCCCCUGGGAGAUACGUCGUGACCCUCCAGGGUGGCCAUGACUGCAGGAAUUUGAUUUCUGAGUCGAUUUUGGUGUAUGAUGAUGGAGAACUCGAUGAAGUCAUAAGACCUGGUGAUUAUACGGAGUUGCCAGAUGUUCUUCAGGGGCACAAUUGCGAGGCCCUGGAGGAGGGAACACUCUGUUUAAUGGAUAUGAAGGCACCAGUGGGGAGAAAACUCCAGGAGAAGGCAGAUAUUUUUUUCGUGGGCUUCGACGACGUCUUCUACGACAUUGACGAUCACGAGAGCGAUUAUAAAUUUAAUAUUGAUGGAUUCCCGUUCUAUCCGGCGUAUUUGAGUGUACGCCCUGGAGGUGCGACAAUACCCCAAAUCAAUGGGAUGACGUUCAAAUAUCCUCCCUCUCCAAUUUUAUCACAACCUGAGGCUGUCCCUGAGGAUAUCAUCUGUGAUUUGGAGUAUAAAUCGAGGGAGUGCUGUGACAGGCCUUCAUUUUGCGAGUGUCUGCAAAUUCUCGAGGUGCCCUCCAUGCAAAAUAUCGAUAUCGUAUUGAUUAAUGAAGGCAAAGUUGGUAACAACAGUUUCGUGUUCCACGUGCACGGCUACUCGGUGGCCAUUUUGUCGGUGAAGAAAUUCACGCGGCCCAUCAGCAGAUCUGAGAUAAUGUCCGUGGAGGCCUUAGGGAAAUUAAAAAGAAAUUUAAUCACUCCAUCGUUGAAGGACACGGUUGUUGUACCUAACAAGGGGUACGUUGUACUUCGCCUUUUUACCGACAGUCCUGGUUAUUGGCUGUGGGAAUCCCGAACUACUGGUACUUCCCCGACAACCAGUGGACCUGGGAUGCAAUUUAUCCUGCAGGUGGGGACGAGAGAGAGCUUGCCGACAGUUCCCCUGGAUUUUCCAACCUGCGGCAAUCACAAGGGACCUGAUUUAAUUUUCGAAGACGAUAAUUAAAAAUCACUCAACUCCACAAUUACAAUUGUGCUGAUUGUUUAAUUACAAUUUAUUAAACGGGAACUAAACAUAAGUGAAUAAAUGAUAUUGAUUAAUUUCAAGUAUUAAUUAACGCAAAUAACAUGAAAAUUAAUAAAUUUAUUAAUUGUGCUUG